AUGAAGUUGCUCAAUGAAGGCAGAUCCAGGGAGAUGAUUGUUGCCAAGAACCAACUCCGUGCUGCUAUUGGAGUUGUCAAGACAAAGUCAGCUGCAAUACAGUACGAGGAGCGCAUUGCCGAACUCCAAGCAGCUGGUGCUGAUGUUGGCGAUUUUGGUCAUUCACGAAAAAUGUUUCCUGAAAUGAUUAAAGUGGCAUGCGCCUAUAUCGACAAGAAGACCGCCGACUUCCUCUCUACUCCUCUUCCAAACACAGGAAUGCCACCGCACUUUUAUAUAACCGCCGACAAGUCCACCAACCAUCGCAUUACCAACCAGGUCACCGUUAUAUGCCCCGUUGUGAAUGGUACGCGAGAAGGAAUAAUCCUAGAUGCCAGGGAGGUAUACACAAAUUCUGAUGGGACUGGUGGUACAGGAGGUGCUUUAGCGACUGCAAUUUAUAAAGAUCUGAAGGAGCAUGUCGACUUGAAAGACGAACACCUUUUGCAAGCACAGGGAAGAGUGUUGGAUGGCCAGUACCUAAACGAGCCAUUCAUUGCUGGCAUGAACGAACCUAUCAUGCGACUAUUUGAGGAUGGCCAGAGUUGCAAAGACAGGUUAUGGUGGCCUAUAGAAUGGGAUCCUGCUCACUGGCUGGACAAAGUUUUCAGCAAAUACAAAGAUUCGUGUUUCGUCGAUUGUCUGCUGAAGAGAGUCGCACUUUACCACCAGCUUUUUAGAUUUGGUAAGAUGCACAGCGUAGCGCGCCACACAGCGAAGGAACUUAAGCUUCCGUUUCGGGUGACCAACGCAUAUGCACAUCAGCGGUUCAUGAGCUCCAGCUACUUGUCGUUGAGGAACCUGGCAGAUAGUUUGGAAGUUUACAUCGAGACGUUCAAAGACCACGACAAUCGCGAGAAGGUUGGCUACAAGCUGUAUGGCCAAGAUUUUGUCCAUGACUUGCUGGGUGUACUCGAUUUGUUGUGGCCCUUGGUUGCCCUCAUGCUGCAGGCACAAGCACAAUGGUACCCUGGCUGGAAGUUAUGCUCGCAUAUUCCUUUGGUCAAAAUGCAAAUUGAGCGUUUUCUUCUCGAAAUAACAAAGGACGAAGCAGUAGUAACACGAGCCAAUGGUGAUGAAGACGAUGAAGAAGACGAAGAAGUCGAGUUGGAACUGUUGGACGACUUGGAGAAACCCGAUGUCUACGUUUGUCCAAGACUAAACAAGCGAAUCGACGAAAUUAGACGAAUGCGCUAUGGGCAAAGUCGACUGAAGCCGGGGUGGCUCGUUGUUGACGAUGGGGCCGAUGAUGAAAUGCCAGUUAAUUGGACUGCACGGGAGAUAAAAGACAGCGUGGCUGAUUUGAAGAAGCUGGCAACAAAUGUGAUUGACGAGUUGGAAGAUCGGUACGAAAAUUGCUUCUCUGAUCUAAACCGGUUGCUUUCCAAAUGCUUCGACUUCGCCCGACUAUUUGUUGGAUUAUGUGAAGAACGAUCCGAUUCGUCCGUAGACAGAAGCCCAGUAGACAACAAGAGGUUUUCCGAGCUCGGGGCAGAUGAGUUUCAACGAUGUGUCGUUUACGUCUCACAGAUGCCGCACAUUCGGGACAAGAAUUUGGAGAUAGGGAGCGCGCUGGCGUCCACCGUGUUUUGGCGUCUGAAGAAAGUGCUUAUUUCCAUCGUCUGGGGUGAUAUGUUUCCAACACACUUCUUCCAGUUCUUCAAAAAGAUCAUCAUUAAAGAUAACGGGGAGUUCUCUUUGAAAGAUCUGGUCGUCCCGGAAGGUGUGAUUGUGACAAAGUUCCUAGAGGGCACACGACAGAGAUUUACCCUUUCAGACGUUUUCGACCUGGAGCUAAGCAAUGGUGUGAAGAUGAAUGUCCUUUUCGAAGAGGAGGCAUUAAUCAAAUCUCUAUACACGGAUUCGUCAUUCUACUCAGCUGUGGGCCAGGAGUUUUGUCUCAUUUUCGACAUCUUUUAUGCCAAGAGUGGAACAGAGGCGGUUGCGGAGUCUUUCUACCGGGUGGUGGACAAGCAAGAAAUGGAAGGUGGACAGAGCACUCAGGUGCUAAUGAAUCGUGCGAAAGUUGAUUGGUGUCUCCCGUCCGUCAUUCAAUGUGAUUCCGCACUCAAUGAGAUGGCAAACAUGUACAUCAAUGGAGACAAGGAUCGUGGCCUAAACAAGCAUCACAUCCCAGUAUUCAGAGAUCGACGAUCGUGGCAAAAGCAUGAAGGCGAACUUUCAAAGGUUUUGAAACGCAUUAUAACUUCCCGUCCGAAAUUGCCUUUCCUCUUGUAA